AUGCUGUCAGUUUAUUUUGAUUCUUUUCUAUGUCAAUUAGAUUAUCGAACAACAACAAAUCUCUCACUCUCUCUCUCUCUCUCUCUCUCUCUCUCUCUCUCUCUCUGUGUCUAUGUAUAUAUUAAUAAAUCUCUCUAUCCCUCUCUUUCUCUUUCUCUCUUUCUAUCUCUAAUUCUCUCUCUCCCUCUCGCUUCCUCUCUCUCUCUAUCUCUGUACAUAAUAAGAAACCUCUUUGUCUCUAUCUAUCUAUAUAUUAAUAAGAAAUUUCUCAUCACCCUCCCUCAAUCUCUAUAUAUAUUAAUAAGAAUUUUCUCUCUCUCUUUCUCUCUCUCUCUCUCUCUGCUUCCCCCUCUCUCUAACUCUGUGGAAAAUCUCUCUCUCUCUCUCCUCUCUCUCUCUCUCUCUCUCUCUCUCCUCUCUCUCUUUCUCCCCCCCUCUCUUUCUCUCUCUCUCUCUCUCUCUCUCUCUCUCUCCCAGUUUAUUUCAGUUUAUCUUCCAUUUUGGGCGUAA